AUGUCCUCACUUCUACCAAAACGUCUCCUACCCACGAUCAUCUACCUCACCAUCCUUCUCACCUCAUCAUCACCCACCCCCUCCCUCGCCGCCCCCGCCCCCUUACCAGCCGCCGCCGAACCCAGCGCCCCCGACGUAACAAAACUCUUCAACGGCCUAGGCCACAUCUUUGUCCUAAACGCCACAUCCUACAGCGACGCCUCGAUUUCCGACACCAUCGGCUGUCUCUCCGACACGGGCUACGUGGUUUCCACUUUUUCUGGAUUUGUGUCUGAGUCCGAGUCUCAGUCCAAGUCCAACUGCGCCGUCUUCAGCACCAUCACUUCGUACCCCAAGACCAUCAAUUCCAGAAUAGGCGGGUGCAGUUUCGGCAACCAGGCGAUGCCGACGAACGAGGAUAGUAAAUAUGGUGCGCGACAGCAUGCUUGGAGCUGCAACGAGGAUGCGGGGAUGGUGCCGGAGGGGGAGAGGUAUUAUACUAUUAACGGCUUCAAACACCCCUUCAUCUGCAACGGCAAUCUCAACUGCUACUACGAUAUUCCCAGGGCGCCACUGCCAGCGCCGUCGUCGUCGUCCAAGGAAGACAGCAACACCAAAAAGGACAAGGUGUUUGUGUGGCAGUAUGCGUGGGGAAGUGAGCAGAUGGGGAUAACGCCGGGACAUUUGCAGGUUUUGUGGAUGUGGGUGCCGGUUGGUACCAAGGCCGAGUGA